GUGGAAGAGUGCGGGAACCUGACGCCGAAGGUGCACGAGUGGAGGUGGGCAGAUUCCGACCAGUUCGACUCUCACCGACUGCGCGUCGUUCCAGACGUCCAGCUUCUGAAGACACUCAGGAAGGGCCAAGCUUCACGACUACAGCGGCCACGGCAGGCUCUCGCACUCUGUGGGUCCGGCUCGGAGGCCUUGGCAGCCGUCAAGGAAAUCAGCAAGAUGAGGGGUUCUGGCCAGGUGAUGAUGUCCGGCUUUCAGCUGGGCGUUGGCAGCACCCAGCCGUGCGUGCUUUUUCUGUUCCCAGGAUGGGUUCUCGACAACGAGGCCCGAUAUUUUGCAGGCUGCUUCGGCGCCUUCAUCAUUCCCGCGGCGAUCGUCGUCUUGCAGACGGCCCGUGACGUGGUGGUGGAAAAGGCAGCCGCAAAGGAGAAGGGGGCGGGUCUCCUCUAUGAUGCCUUCGCCGCAUUCCUGUUCGGCCUUCAGAUGUGCCUGGCGUACUCGGUUAUGCUUUUGAUCAUGUUGUACGAGGCAGUUUUCUUCUGGUGCAUCAUCGCAGGCUUCGUGACUUCCUUCUUCAUACUGCGCCGCAUCAAGCGCCGUAGCCCGGGAACCGAGAAGUCGAGCCUUGAUGGUACGCCUUGCUGCUCACCGCCG